AUGGCUUGGGUGAACUGGACCAAGGUCAGUCUUUUGAAAAAGAACAGUGGGUUAGGUAUUAAGAAUCUAAGGUUAACUAAUAAAUCCAUUCUUCCCAAAUGGUCGUGGAGGUAUGCGACGCAAAGAAGUACUCCGUGGAGAAACAUUGCUCAACAGAAAGGUAUGGUAAACAAAAACAUUGCUUUGCCUGCUGACAAUAUCACUGUGCAAGGAAAUAUUUUAAGGAGGAACAUCACAAGGAUGGUGCCAGAAAUUCAAAGAUUUGUUACUUUUAAAAUUAAUGACGGUAAGAACAUCAUAUUUUGGUUUGAUCAUUGGACUGAUAGGGGAAGUAUCAAGGACAUGUUCCCUGUCAUUUUCAAAGCCUGUAAACACAAACAAGCAACUAUCUCGGAGAUGAUUAGAGACGGAAGUUGGCAGGGUAACUUCAAAGCAAAUUUGAAUCAGAAUGAGCAAAUGGAGUGGGAUAUCCUUCUUAGAGAUUUAGGUCAUGUUCCUACUUUAGUAGACGAGGAUGAUGAUGUGCACUUCGUGGAGAAUGUUUGCCCUAAAUCUUGUUACAAUGCAACUAUAAUCAUCUUUUGUGGCUGA